AUGUCAAUCUGCAUCUAUCUAUGGCACCUCUUCGUAUCUAUCUAUCUAUCUAUCUAUCUAUCUAUCUAUCUAUCUAUCUAUCUAUGUCAGUCUGUAUCUAUCUAUCUAUCUAUCUUCAAUAAAUCAAGAAAAUUGCGCAUACUGUCUAUCUAUCACGACCUGUUCAUUAUCUAUCUAUCUAUCUAUCUAUCUAUCUAUCUAUCUAUCUAUCUAUCUUUACUGAGAAUAAUUAUUGUAAUUAAAACAUUUCCGUUCAAGUACAUCAAAAAAUACGUUUUCCUACGCGCUUUCGUGGGCAGCGCCAACGAAUUCAUAAUCUAUCUACACACGCAAACCUAUCUGUCUGGAAAGUAUCCAGCCACAAUGAAUAUCUCGGGGAUCGGUUGCGCGGAAUCGAUAUUACCGAUUCCAAGGGAGAUUGCUGAGCAAGUCGGAACAGGCACUCCCUCGGCGGUUAUCACUUCGGCAGGCAGACACCGUUUGUUGUCUUAUUCUUAA